GAGUAUGCGCAUGUGUAGUUCUGCAUUGUCCUCUGUCGUCCCUGUUCCCUGCCAUAUUAGACAGGAUAGUUUAUUUUGAGCUUAUGAAAAAAUGCUAACAGCCAGGUUGGCGUCCUCCUUGGUGAGGCAACUUCCCAGAGCCCUGCCCAGAGUUUGUCAAAAUGCUUUGGCAGCUGGAUGUGUAUCAGGGAGACACCUUUCUCUCUCCACUCCUGUUUUUGCUGCAGGGCCCAAAGGAGCUGAAGUCUCAUCCAUUUUGGAAGAAAGAAUAUUAGGUCAGACUUCUGAAGUAAAUCUUGAAGAAACAGGACGAGUUUUAUCUAUUGGUGAUGGUAUUGCUCGUGUUUAUGGCCUCAAGAACAUUCAAGCUGAGGAGAUGGUGGAGUUCUCCAGUGGUCUCAAGGGUAUGGCCUUGAACUUGGAGCCAGACAAUGUUGGUGUUGUCGUGUUUGGUAAUGACAAACUAAUCAAGGAGGGGGAUGUAGUCAAGAGGACCGGAGCUAUUGUUGAUGUACCAGUUGGUAUGGAACUUUUGGGAAGAGUUGUUGAUGCUUUAGGAAAUCCUAUUGAUGCUAAGGGACCCAUAGGAUCUAAAACAAGAGCUCGAGUUGGUGUGAAAGCACCAGGUAUUAUUCCCAGAACUUCCGUCAAAGAACCCAUGCAGACUGGAAUUAAGGCUGUUGACAGUCUUGUGCCCAUUGGUAGAGGUCAAAGAGAGUUGAUCAUUGGUGACAGACAGACUGGAAAAACAGCUAUUGCUAUUGACACCAUCAUUAACCAGAAAAGAUUCAAUGAUGCUGGUGAAGCCAAAGCAAAACUAUAUUGCAUCUAUGUUGCUAUCGGACAGAAACGUUCCACUGUUGCACAGCUUGUUAAAAGGCUAACAGAUGCUGAUGCCAUGAAGUAUAGCAUUGUAGUGUCAGCCACUGCUUCUGAUGCUGCUCCAUUGCAGUAUUUGGCACCAUACUCUGGUUGUGCCAUGGGAGAGUUUUUCCGUGACAAUGGCAUGCAUGCCCUUAUUAUUUAUGAUGACUUGUCUAAGCAGGCUGUAGCUUAUCGCCAAAUGUCUCUGCUGUUGCGUCGUCCUCCAGGUCGUGAAGCCUAUCCUGGUGAUGUAUUUUACCUACAUUCUCGUCUGCUGGAGAGAGCUGCAAAAAUGAAUGAAACCCAUGGUGGUGGUUCUCUCACUGCUCUGCCUGUAAUUGAAACACAGGCUGGUGAUGUCUCUGCUUACAUCCCAACCAAUGUCAUCUCUAUCACUGAUGGACAGAUUUUCUUGGAAACUGAAUUGUUUUUCAAAGGCAUCAGGCCUGCCAUUAAUGUUGGUCUGUCUGUAAGUCGUGUAGGAUCUGCUGCCCAAACACGGUCAAUGAAGCAGGUUGCUGGCUCCAUGAAACUUGAGUUGGCCCAGUACAGAGAAGUAGCUGCUUUCGCACAGUUUGGCUCUGACUUGGACCAAGCUACACAGAACUUGUUGAGGAGAGGUGUCAGACUUACUGAAAUCUUAAAACAAGGACAAUACGUACCCAUGGCUAUUGAGGAACAGGUUUGUGUGAUCUACUCUGGUGUGAGAGGGUUCUUGGACAAACUUGAUCCAUCUAGAAUUACACAGUUUGAGGCAGAAUUCUUGAAACACCUGCGGGGAUCUCAACAAGAGUUGCUUAAAACAAUUGCAAAGGAGGGAAAGAUCAAUGAGCAAGCAGAAGAAAAACUAAAGCAAGUUGUUACCACCUUCUUAGCAGGAUUCCAGGGCUCAUAAAUUUUCUUUUCACUAAUUAGGAAACAAUUGUAAUCUGUUGGAAAAUGAAGUAGAUUGUGAUAAGAGGUGUGAGUUGAUCUAAUUUUUAUUCAUUAGAGUAUCUAGGACAAAUAUAAUGCCUUCAAAAGUUUCUGAAUGAAAGGUGUUAAAUCUACAUUGACUAUCCAUAAAAACGGUUAAGAACACUUUUAAAAUGUUCUUAUCCACUUUUGUCAACUGGGUUGUCAGUCAUUUUUUUAUGACCAAGAGUAUGCUUGUUUAUUUGAGACAAAUGUUAAUAAAUUUGUGUAAUUUAAA